AUUUUGUGUACUCCAGAUAUCAUUUUCUUUAGUCAUUGCGCCUAAACUACAUUGCUUUUCUUUAAUCAUGCGCGUGCAUUCUUCAUUUGUUACUUCUAGCAUUUCUGAACCUAUUGCCUCAUUAACAGGUACAUUGGAGAGUGUGGUAAAUUUUCUAAUAGACUUCUUUAUUUUUCUACAAGCCCAACCUUCUGUGGUAUAUUCAAGAUCAUUCAGAACAUAA